CGCGCGCGGAUCCCUCUCGCCUUCCUCCGCCGCACUGUGGACUGUAGGGGAGGCUGCGGGCCGUGGGGGCCGGAGGAGAAGCCGGCUCCACGUGCAGCUGCUAUUCCUCCAGUCUGAGAUGACCGGACACCAAUAAAUACAGACUACGGCUGCUUUCCUUCUCCCAGGUGGGUAGGCACCUGGGCUUUGCUUUUGCAACUCGAGUUAAAGAACUCAACAGGCUGACCUUGCCUUGCCGUCUAGAAUCAGAAAGGUUUACGUAGCCCAGGGACUACUGAGAGGGAAGAGAAAGGGAGAGAGAAAAGCGCAUAUAAAGAAGUGGGCAAGAGAGCGGGACCCUGUCUCAAAAAAAAGAGGAAGUGUCACUUCCUGCCUUGUGACCACACACCCGGGCUUGACAAAGCUGUUCUGCAGAUCAGAAAGAAGGGGUUCCUGGUCAGACACCAGUACUACCAAGGGCAGCUUUUUUCCUACAAGAUGACCAAACUGAGGUUCAGGGAGGGUUGAGUGACUUGUCUGAGAUCACAGAACCAGUAACUGGCAGACUCAAGAUUCACACCUUGGCUCUCUCUCAUUUUCUGUUGGCAGUUUCUUAAAGAUCUGUUACCUAAAGCAAUAAAAAUGGCCAGAGUGUCGGUGUCCGAUGAGGAAAUGAUGGAGCUCAGAGAAGCUUUUGCCAAAGUUGACACUGAUGGCAAUGGAUACAUCAGCUUCAAUGAGUUGAAUGACUUGUUCAAAGCUGCCUGCUUGCCUUUGCCGGGGUACAGAGUAAGAGAAAUUACAGAAAACCUGAUGGCUGCAGGUGAUCUGGACCAAGAUGGAAGGAUCAGCUUUGAUGAGUUCAUCAAGAUUUUCCAUGGCCUAAAGAGCACGGAUGUUGCCAAGACCUUUAGGAAAGCAAUCAAUAAGAAGGAAGGGAUUUGUGCGAUCGGUGGUACCUCCGAGCAGUCUAGUGUUGGCACCCAGCACUCCUAUUCAGAGGAAGAGAAGUAUGCCUUUGUCAACUGGAUAAACAAAGCCCUGGAAAACGACCCUGAUUGUCAGCAUGUCAUCCCAAUGAAUCCGAACACGAAUGAUCUCUUCAAUGCUGUUGGCGAUGGCAUUGUCCUUUGUAAAAUGAUCAACCUCUCAGUGCCGGACACAAUUGAUGAAAGAACAAUCAACAAAAAGAAGCUCACCCCUUUCACCAUUCAGGAAAAUCUAAACUUGGCUCUGAACUCUGCCUCAGCCAUCGGGUGCCAUGUGGUUAACAUAGGGGCUGAGGACCUAAAGGAGGGGAAGCCUUAUCUGGUCCUGGGACUUCUGUGGCAAGUCAUCAAGAUUGGGCUGUUUGCUGACAUCGAACUCAGCAGAAAUGAAGCUCUGAUUGCUCUUUUGAGAGAAGGGGAGAGCCUGGAAGAUUUGAUGAAACUCUCCCCUGAAGAGCUCUUGCUGAGGUGGGCUAAUUACCACCUGGAAAAUGCAGGCUGCAACAAAAUUGGCAACUUCAGCACCGACAUCAAGGACUCCAAAGCUUAUUACCACCUGCUCGAGCAGGUGGCUCCGAAAGGAGAUGAAGAAGGUGUCCCUGCUGUUGUUAUUGACAUGUCAGGACUGCGGGAGAAGGAUGAUAUCCAGAGGGCAGAAUGCAUGCUGCAGCAGGCGGAGAGGCUGGGCUGCCGGCAGUUUGUCACAGCCACAGACGUUGUCCGAGGGAACCCCAAGUUGAACUUGGCUUUUAUUGCCAACCUCUUUAACAGAUACCCUGCCCUGCACAAACCAGAGAACCAGGACAUUGACUGGGGUGCUCUUGAAGGUGAGACAAGAGAAGAGCGGACAUUUAGGAACUGGAUGAACUCCCUGGGCGUUAACCCUCGAGUCAAUCAUUUGUACAGUGACUUAUCAGAUGCCCUGGUCAUCUUCCAGCUCUAUGAAAAGAUUAAAGUUCCCGUUGACUGGAACAGAGUAAACAAACCACCGUACCCCAAACUGGGAGGCAACAUGAAGAAGCUUGAGAAUUGUAACUACGCAGUGGAACUGGGGAAGCAUCAAGCGAAGUUUUCCCUGGUUGGCAUUGGUGGACAAGAUCUCAAUGAAGGAAACCGUACUCUCACCUUGGCCUUGAUUUGGCAGCUAAUGAGAAGGUACACGCUGAAUAUCCUUGAAGAAAUUGGUGGUGGCCAGAAGGUCAAUGAUGACAUUAUUGUCAGCUGGGUGAAUGAAACGUUGAAGGAAGCAGAGAAGAGUUCAUCGAUCUCGAGUUUCAAGGACCCAAAGAUUAGUACGAGCCUGCCUGUUCUGGACCUCAUUGACGCCAUCCAACCAGGUUCCAUUAACUAUGACCUUCUGAAGACAGAAAAUCUGAAUGACGAUGAGAAACUCAACAACGCAAAGUAUGCCAUCUCUAUGGCCCGAAAAAUUGGGGCAAGAGUGUAUGCCCUGCCAGAAGACCUGGUUGAAGUGAACCCCAAAAUGGUCAUGACCGUCUUUGCCUGCCUCAUGGGGAAAGGAAUGAAGAGGGUGUGAGGGCCGCUGGGGCCGGGCGGGAGGUGGUGCACUCCCUCCUGACCUCUCAAGCCAUUCCAAAGUUCAACUUGGUGACAUUCUACAAGAUUCCAAACAAGCACAUAUUAGUGCAGCCAAGUAGCCUCUCCUGUAUUUAACAAAAAGUGCUUCGUUCUUUGCAGGAGGCCCAACCUUCUAUACAUAUGCUUCUGUUCUUGAUUUAUUUCCUUCUUCGAAAAUCUAGAGGAAAAGAAAGAGGUUGUUUUCCAGGUGCCCUUCUUGCUUUUGCCAUUAGUAUUGAGGGUAGAAGCUGCAGUGUUAUUAAUUUUGAUGUAAUCUUUCAAACCAGCUACAUGUAGCUUCCCUUUUCUUUAAGAUGAGGGCCAGGAGGUGAAGCAUCAUGCCUGCCCUGAGGCCUGUUCCUGGAGGUCGGCAUCUGAUCUGUGGCAGGCCCCUCUUUCUGUCCCCUCUUCCUGCCCCGCCUCCCAUGACGUUGCCCCUCACACUCUUGGAACCACACCUUCUGGGGGGCCCAUCUCUUCUGGCCAUCCUCGUCUCUGGGCCAUUUGGAGCAUCUGAUAAAUCGGUCAAGCUGUCGGAGUCCCAGGAAUCUCUGGUAGCCUGCAGAAGUAAGCCUCAUCAUCAGAGGCUUUCCUCAAAACUGGAGUCCCACAUGUUAUCAGGUUUUGCUUUUUUCAGCCACUAAGAAUCCCUGUUUCUAACUCUAGAAUUUGGGUUCGGACCAGCUCUAACGUCCUGAAUACUCUGCCGUCUAGAGCCUUAAUCUCGAUGGACGGGUUGGAUCCAAGGAGGAUGUGAUGGGGCAUCCAGUCACUUGGGGGCGGCAUGGAGCUGUAGGCAUCCUUUAGGGUGCUGCCUCUGCAGGCACAUAGCCCCUCGCGUUAGAUCUGGCUACCAUCUGUCAAUAUUUGGAGGCAAUCCUGCCUUGCUUUUGCUCGUAGAGCUUAGCGUAUCUGAUCCUUGUCAGGCCAUAUCAUCAAUGUUUACUUUUUUGGUACUAUAAAAGCUUUCUGCCACCCCUAAGCUCCAGGGGGGACACUAUGUGCCAAUGAAUAGCACCUCCACUCACAUACACACACACCCAGCCAGCUGUCGAGGGUACAAUGAAUCUAUGCCAGAUAAGAAAUGGUGGCAUUGCAUUACAAAGGGCUGAUUUACCGGACAAAGAAUUCCAAAGCAAAACCAGGACAGAAUGAAUCUGAGCAGUUCUCAUAGGUCAAGCCAUUUCCCCCCAAACCAACUGAAGGCUUAAAAGCAACAGGGCAUUGUGAACCCACACUAGACUCCCACUAUCACGGGGAAAGGGUUCGUCAAUGAGGUAUCUUCUUAGUGGUGGUAUGUAAUAGAACUUAGCCAUUCUUCAAAGCAAUUGAAACACGUUGCUCUGGAUCUGUUCCUUGGCAGUGGACUCAGAAAGCCAAUAUGUGGCUCCUCCCAGCCUGUAACCAGUAUCUGCUGCUUCUGAAUGCAAAGUGGUUGGUUUUGACUUCACACUGAACUUGCUGUAGCCUCGGACGAUUUCCCCCCAUUCGCCUCCAGGGAGAAAGAAUGUUACUGCCUUAAUGAAAAAUGACGAGCAUGAUGCUCAAAAUCUUUCCAAAUAAAAUGUUCCC